AUGGACUGCUUCCAUCAUCCGGUUCUCGUUCCGCUUCCGUCGCCGUCAAGUGUGCCAAGCACAUCAUCCGGACCUCUUCUCCCGGAAGACGUCGUCAACAGCCCGUCCUCUUCCUCAUCAUUCAGAUCUGUCUCAGAUGAGAAAGAUCGUCCGUUGUCGCCGACAAUUUUCACUGACGGACGCACUCCGAUCAAUGUUUCUGCAAAGUGAGCUAAGAAUCAAAAGUCCGCAUCAAACCAUCUGUUUAGGCAUCUCAGAGAUCACCCACUGCACGAGCCGACCGGAACAUCCGCAGUGCUCACAUUCUAUCCGACACUGGAAGAGUUCAAGGAUUUCAAUCGGUACAUUAGGAAAAUCGAGAAGGAGGGCGCCCAUCUCAAGGCCGGAAUCGCCAAGAUUGUGGCGCCUGAGGGAUGGACUCCGCGGCCUUCGAAAAAAGAUUUCUCCGAUGUGGACGAGUACGAAAUCAAUCAGUUAGUAUUUAAGUUUUGAAAAAACUGACUCCCAACUGACUUCUUCCAGGCCAGCCCGUGAAACCAUCGAACCGACGGAGAAGCCGGGCGCCUAUUUCAAGCGGAACGUGACGUGCCGCAAGAAGAUGCCGGUGCGCGAGUUCCGUCAGCAAGCCAACUCCGCCCAGUACCGUAACCCGAGGCCUGGCGUCGAAGGAGCCGAACUGGAAGCCUUUAUUUUGCAAAUAUCCUCAAAGGAGAACCGAUUUACGGUGCGGACACAGAGGGCAGCUUCUACGACGCGAACGUGGACGAGUGGAACAUGAAUCGGCUGGGCACGAUUCUCAGCGACUACGGCCACAAAAUAAGCGGCGUGAACACGGUGUACUUGUACUUUGGUAUGUACAAAACGACGUUUCCGUGGCACGCCGAGGACAUGGACUUGUACUCGAUCAACUUUGUGCACUUUGGCGCGCCCAAGUACUGGUUCGCCAUCAGUUCGGAGCACGCCGACCGCUUCGAGCGCUUCAUGAGUCAGACAUUCCACGCGCAGGAGGAGUACGCGCCACAGUGCAAAGCGUUUUUGCGCCACAAAACUUAUAUUGUUACGCCGGAACUUUUGCGCACUGCAAAGAUCCCGUACGCGACGAUGAUUCAGCGGCCCAACGAGUUCAUCAUUACUUUUCCACGUGGCUACCACAUGGGCUUCAACCUCGGAUACAAUCUCGCCGAAUCGACGAACUUUGCCACCGAUCGAUGGGUGGACUACGGAAAAGACGCACUGCUUUGCGAUUGCAAUCGGGAUUCCGUCAAAAUCGACAUGAGCCAUUUCAUGGCCAAGUAUCGUCCGGACGAAGUGACCACGUGGUGGAGCUACUGGUACGGAGGCGGCCGGCUGGCGUGGACGCCAAAGUCGAAAAAGGAGCUGGCAAAGAAACGGCCGGCCGGACGGGCGGUGGCGACGAUGACAGCGGCGAAGAGAGCACGGCUCGGAACAUCCACGGGCACCGAUGGCAGCUGUUCCGGUAGGGGUUUAUCCGAUUGUACGAACGUUCUAUUUUUCUAUUUUUCAGACGGCUCUGGCUCCGAGCCCGAAAUCUCUGCGUUCAUGCGCGCUCACCCAAAUUACGAGAUCCACAACUUGCAAAUCAAACCCGACUACGAUGAGCUGAUGAGACGUUUCAAGCGAGAGACGAGUGAGUUUGUGAAAAAACAACCAUUGAAAUAAUCUAAUAUUCUAGAAUUGAUCCGUUCGGACCACCGAAUCGAUUUCUACCGAGAGAAGGGGCUGAACGCGGACAAACAGCGCGAAUGGCCGCAUUGCUCAGUCUGUCAGUACUUCCAGCCGAUGCACAUGGUCGCUUUCACGUGGGACAUCCCGGAGACCUCCCGCCGUUUGGCCGCCUCCUGGUGCUUCUCGAAGACGGACACGAAGCGAGAGGAUGCUCGCGAGGAGCCCGAUCGUCUGCUGACCUGCGAGAAUUGCAACGUGACCGUGCACUCCCUCUGCUGCUCUGGCGAUGAGCCGUCGCUCGGCGCCACGUGGAAGUGUCCCCGUUGCCGGAACCGCACCGACGUCGAGAUCCGAAACACUUCGUGUCAUUUCUGCGAGCUUCGCGGCGGAGCUCUCAUCCCCUGCCAGAUCGGAAACGAUUCCACGUGGGCGCACGUCAUCUGUGCCAUCUUCAACCGUCGCACCGCCUUCAACAGACCGUUCGGUCCGACCGCCUGCUUCACACUACCCGCGCUCCGACAGCACUCGAUCACGGCCGGAAUGCCGAUGCUCUGCGAGGAGUACAAAAGCGAAUUGGGCGAUUUGUACGAGAACUCUCGGUGGGAAUGCGUCGUGUGCCGUCGGCUCACCGAAGGACUUGCGCCCUGUGUGCUGUGUAUCGAGGAGCAGACUACGGCGAUGCUUCCCACAAUGACCCACGUCACUUGUGCUCGCCGCGUUGGCUUCGCAUGCGAAAUUCGAGAUUUUCCGCGUUGUGCGGCGGUGAUUUGCCAGCGGCACGAGCACUCGUACCUCGUGAACAAAUCGGGUCAGAACUACACGAAUGUAAAGUGCGGCGACGAGGUUUUUGUGGAGAACGAGGAGGUUCGCGGCAGCUUUUCGAAGGGAACGAUCGUGAGAUCCGAAAAGAAGGUAACGGUCGUCGUGGAUUUUUUGGACAGCAGUGUCAGCAGAGACAACGGCGCCGAGGACAUUCAGUCGUGCGAGUGUCUUCAUUGUGAAAACGGAGAUCAUCAGUACGGAUCGAGGGUACGAAUAAGUCCAUUGUUAUCAUAUUACACUAACCUUUUUCAGGUGAAAGUUCUCUGGGACGACAAAAAGUGUACGAUGCGUACUUCCGCGGAAAGGGCGUAA